AUGGAUAAAAGACAACUCAUCGGUAGCGCGACCCGGUACAUCGCUGGCAGACACGCCGUCCAGACAGUGUACUGGAGGCGGACAGCAGAAGAUGGCAAGGGGCUCUUGAAGACAACUAAGAUGACGUUCUUCGGAAAAAACGAAGGCCCCAACAAAAUUGACAGCGCUGAAAUGUUUGCGAAAGUUCGGGAGAGAUAUGCGUGA